CUUCUCAAACCCCUGCUUCCAGCACAGAUCAUGAUGAUAUGCUCGUUUCGUUUCAACACGCAGACAACUUUACUAGUACACAUAUUGCACUCGCAGUCACCGGCUUGCUUUUCUCCAAGAAAAAUAAUUGGAGGGGAAAAACUUCGACUCGACCACGAGCCCCUGUGAACAUGCUGAGAAACUGAAACGCUUCAACAUUUACGGCACCCACGUGCCGCUUCACCGUAGUUCUCGUCACCGAGUAACAAUAGUGCCCAACAUGUCGCCCACAUCAAACUUGCUGGAAUGUGAAGCUCUACUUGAACCUGAUCAACACUAUCCCCUGUACAUCACUGCCAAGAAGUACUGGCUACCGGAAUUCGAAGCUCACUGGGACGACAAGGAAGCAGUCACACUUGUUUUGCUUCAUUCGACUAGCUUUCAUAAGGAGACUUGGCAACCUACCCUGGAACGUAUCUUCCAGCGUUCUUCAGCUCAUUCCAGAAAUUCAUCAAGAUCGUUGAAAAUCAAAUGCGCGUGGGCAAUCGACUGCCCCAACCAUGGUGUAUCUGCUGCUCUCAACGAUGACGCACUUAGGCAGGCACCUUUUUACCGCGACUUCGGGUGCCGCAGAUAUGCAGAUGCUGUCCAUAGAUUCAUGUCUGCCAGACCAAUGUUUGACUUCCGAAGCCAGCGUCUUGUCGGAAUAGGUCAUUCUCUUGGUGGAGUUGCUAUAACCAUAUUACAGAACCUCGAACCGGCCUUCAAAUUUUCUUCUGUCAUCCUCGUGGAACCCAUGCUCAGUCCAACUGCAGAAGCCGUGGAGCCAUUGUGCCGUACUCUCAUUAAAAAUGCAUACGAACGAAGAGACGUGUGGCCUUCCAGAGAAUACGCGCACCAGGACCUGAGAUCAAGAACACGAUGUAAACGCUGGGACCCGCGCGUCCUGGAUUUGUAUAUCAAAUUUGGACUCCGGACUCACCCAGGCGCACGUCACCUGAAAAUGCCCUACGAUGGCGUCAGCUUAGCAUGCUCACGCGACGAAGAGGUGGCGAUGUACAGAGAGCCAGACGGUGCAACCAAACCGGUGCAAGACUUGGACAAGAUUUGCCCACGCAUUCCCGUCAGCAUUGUGUUUGGAGACAACAAUGAGUACAUACCCCGCGCAGUGCAGGAUGCCUUGAUUGAUCCGGCUUCAGGCAGGCAAUUUUCCUCUGUCACGCGAAUCGAUGAAGCAGGACACCUGGUACCUCAGCAUGCACCCAACGAACUGGGAGAACAGAUUUUUGAUAUUUUGUCCACUGCAUCCUCGUUUUCUAGGCUAUGAAUUAUCACACCACCUGCGCUCGUUGGACACAGUUAGCUAUCGAUGACAUAGAUACUCGGACAGCUUCCAGUCUCGCCCAUUCCCCCAUCGGGCUACCAUCCUCACCGACGAUCGAGUGUGCCAUUAUUCUUUCAUUCCCUUUCAAUUUUUAUACCUAGUACCGAGCAUGAAUUUACGGUUGUCCAACUCAACGAUGCCCUGAACAGCAGACUGGGCGAAG